AUGCUGCAACAUUCACCCAAAAAUCAUCAAAGAAAUCUUUCAAAUUCGCUGGAAGAUGAUCCAUUUGAUAUUGCAGAAAAUUAUUAUGGUGAUAUAAAUCUUAAAAAAAUUGCAAAUAAAAAUUCACCAUUAAAUAGAGUUCGUACGUUUAGUGCGUUUGAAACUAAAACUACAAGACAAGAUUUUAUUAGAAAAUUAAAUGAACAACAUCCAAUACCAAAUUCAAUACCGGAAGGAAGUGAACCAACAUCUUCUAUUGCUUCACUGGCAUCUCCGACUCCUCCAAUAGAUGAUAAUGUACCAAGAGUUCAAUUUAGUUUAAACUUAGGUAAAACAAAACAACAAGUUGCUUUUCAUUCAGAUGAUGAAGAAAGUCCCGAUGAGGAAGAUUCAACUGAAGCAGAUCCUUUACAUAGUGCUAACAGAGUAGGUGAUUAUCAUCCUAUUCCAACACCUAUUCAAUCAUGUGCUGAUGAUACUCAAACUGUUAUACCUCAUCCAAAAUCGUUUAAAGGUGAUGCUGAUUCAUUAACUAAAAGACCAAGUAUAGUACCAAUUUAUCAAAACUCAGCUUCUAAAUUAACACAACUAUCAACUUCAACUUCACAAGACUCAGUUAAUUCAAUAUCAAGUGAUAAAUUUCAUUUUAGAAGAGCUUCAGUUGAUGAUUCAAAUAUUAGACCUAAAAAAUUUUAUAUUCCUGAUGUUCAAGCUACAUUAAAAGAAUUAUUAGAAAAUGAAGAUACUGAUAAUAAUUGUCAAAUUACAAUAGAAGAUACUGGACCAAAAGUUUUAAGAUUAGGUACUGCUAAUUCUCUUGGGUUCAAUCAAAAAUCAGUUAGAGGUACAUAUAUGUUAUCUAAUUUAUUACAAGAAUUAACAAUUGCUUCAAGAUUUGGAAGACAUCAAAUAUUAUUAGAUGAAGCUAGAUUAAAUGAAAAUCCACUAAAUAGAAUGAAGAGAUUAAUUUCAACCCAAUUUUGGAGAAAUUUAACAAGAAGAAUUACAAAGGAUAAUAUUAUUGAAAUGUCCAAAGACACUAAAAUUAAAGAUGAGAUUAAAAAUGAAAAAGGUCAAGUUAUAGAUUUAGUAGAAAGUCAUAGAAUUUAUGUACCUCAUAAUAGAUUAGAUCAAUAUGAAUAUUUUAAAACGAUACAACAACAAAAUAAAGAUAUAAAUUUAGAAGUUCAAUUAUUACCUGAAAUAAUUGAUGCUGAUUAUAUUAUGUCAAUUAAUAAAAAGCCAGGAUUAUUAUCAAUUGCAACCAAACCUGAUCCAAAUGAUCCAAAAAAUUUAAUUUCAUGGCCUUAUGUUGUUCCUGGAGGUAGAUUUAAUGAAUUAUAUGGAUGGGAUUCAUAUAUGGAAACAUUAGGAUUAUUAACUGAUAUUUCACAUGAUAAAAAUUUAGGCCAUUUAGAAUUAGCUAGAGGUAUGGCUGAAAAUUUCAUAUAUGAAAUAAAUCAUUAUGGGAAAAUAUUAAAUGCAAAUAGAUCUUAUUAUUUAGGUAGAUCACAACCACCAUUUUUAACAGAUAUGGCUAUAAGAAUAUUCAAUAAAACUAAUGAAGUAUUACCUGAUGAUAAAUUAGAUUCAUUAGAUUUCUUAAAAAGAUCCACAAUUGCAGCAAUUAAAGAAUAUGAAACUAUUUGGUGUGCAAAACCUAGAUUGGAUGAAAAAACUGGAUUAUCAUGUUAUCAUCCAGAAGGUAAAGGUAUUCCACCCGAAACUGAAUCAACUCAUUUUAAUGCAGUUUUGGAGAAAUAUGUUGCUAAAUAUCAGAUUUCACAAGAUGAAUUUAUUGAAAAAUAUAAUUCUGGAACAAUUAUAGAACCUGAUUUAGAUAUAUAUUUCUUACAUGAUAGAGCAGUAAGAGAAAGUGGUCAUGAUACAAGUUAUAGAUUAGAAGGUAAAUGUGCAUGGUUAGCUACUGUUGAUUUAAAUUCAUUAUUAUAUAAAUAUGAAAAUGAUAUAACAUAUAUUUUAGAGACUCAUUUUGAUAAUAAAUUAGAAUUUAACGGUAGAACACAUACUUCCCAAAUUUGGAAAGAAAGAGCUAAAGCUAGAAAAAUUGCUGUUGAUAAAUAUUUAUGGAAUGAACAAGAUUCAAUUUAUUAUGAUUAUAAUGUUCAUGAUCAAGAACAAACAGAUUAUGAAUCAGCAACUACAUUUUGGCCGUUAUAUGCAAAAUUAUCAUCUGCCGAACAAGCUUCAAAAAUGAUUGAAAAUACAUUAUCUAAAUUUGAGGAACAUGGUGGUUUAGCAUCUGGAACUUUAAAAUCUAGAGGUGACAUUGGAUUAACUAGACCAUCAAGACAAUGGGAUUAUCCAUUUGGUUGGGCACCACAACAAAUAUUAGCAUGGAUCGGAUUAGACAAUUAUGGUUAUAAUAAUAUUGCAAAAAGAUUAGCUUAUAGAUGGCUAUUUAUGAUGACUAAAUCAUUUGUUGAUUAUAAUGGAGUAGUUGUUGAAAAAUAUAAUGUUACAAAGGGAGCAGUACCACAUAAAGUUGAUGCAGAAUAUGGAAACCAAGGUUUAGAUUUUAAAGGUGUUGCUACUGAAGGUUUUGGUUGGGUCAAUGCAAGUUAUGUUUUUGGUUUAACAUUUUUAAGUUUAUAUGCUCAAAGAGCUUUAGGUACUUUAACUCCACCAAAAAUAUUUAUGAGAAAUAUGUCACCAGAUCAACGUAAAACAUUUGAAUGUAAUGAUAAAUAG